UUGCAGUGACCCUGCUGCGCUCUGCCCCAGCCUGUGACAGAGCUGCUCGCACCAUGUGGAGGACGCUCAUCUCCUCCAGAGGGACUAAGGAGCCGGUGCUGCAGAUCCUCUUCCGUGCGCUGGAAUUCUGGCCAGCGCACAGGACACGCACCUCGGAUGGGGAUGAGAGCGAUGUCUUUGCCCUGGCUGCAACUGUGGCACUCUGGGAGAUCCUCCAGCUGUACUGGUGCCCAGGGGCAGUGAAGACCAAUUUGCCCCGCCUCCUUCUGACUCUGCUCUUCCAAGUUUUCAUCAGCACAGAGGAGAUGUCAGAGGAGGUCGAGACCUUCUGGGGGCGAUGCCGGGAGCAGCGCAGCCUUCCCCCCAACCCCAACAGGUUUGCAGUGCAGACCGUGAAAGCCCUGCUGCGCCAGCUGCUGGAUGAGGACGUGGUGAUGGUGAUCCAUCGCAAGUGUGGCUGGGACAUGCUCCUCAAGGCUGACAGCCACCACUAUGCAGUGGGUCUGCUGGCCAGGGAGCUGUGCCGUGUCUCCCGCUCCUUCUGCCACAGCGUCGCUGCCAACCUGCUCCCGCGGCUCAGCAGGGAAGAGCCCCUCCGCAGCCGCCUGGGACGGUGCCUGCACCCUGUGCUGCUGCCUGGGCCCAGCCCCGGGCGGGUCCGGGCUCCUGCCGGCCGGGCACCCCGUCACUGCUCCCUGCCUUUCAGGUGCUGCACUGCCUGA